UUCCACGCCUACUCUUUGGAAUUGAUUGGAAGCUCCCAGAGAAGAAAAAAAAAGGGCUUUGCUUGAGCUUGAUGUAAUUGUAAUGUGUGUGAAGUGAGGAGAACAAGAAGAUGAUGGAAUGGGAUAAUCAGGAAUCGCUGGAGACCCAUCAGAACAAUAGCAAUAAUAACAAUAACAGUAACAACAAUAAUAAUAAUUGUAACCAGAGAGGUGAUCAGAAUGGAGGUGGUGUCAAUGGAGCAAUGUAUGUGAAGGUGAUGACUGAUGAACAGCUCGAAACUCUCAGGAAACAGAUUGCUGUUUAUGCUACUAUUUGUGAACAGCUCGUUGAAAUGCAUAAAUCCCUUUCAGCCCAGCAAGAUCUUGCAGGAGUCCGGUUAGGGAAUCUGUACUGUGAUCCGUUGAUGUCAUCUACCGGGCACAAGAUUACGGCUAGACAGAGGUGGACUCCGACACCUGUGCAGCUUCAGAUUCUGGAAAACAUCUUUGAUCAAGGAAAUGGAACUCCAAGCAAACAAAAGAUUAAAGAGAUAACCUCUGAGCUCAGCCAGCAUGGCCAAAUCUCUGAGACAAAUGUCUACAAUUGGUUCCAAAAUAGACGUGCUAGAUCGAAGAGGAAGCAAAUGGUAGCUUCAUCGGCUAAUGCUGAAUCAGAAGUGGAGACUGAGGUUGAUUCAUUGAUUGAACAGAAAGCUAAACCAGAGACCUUUAGCUCCCAACAGAACACAGCUCCAACAGAUCUUUGUUUUCAGAGCCCUGAGAUAUCCUCUGAACUGCAUUUUUUGAGUGUAUUGCCAAAUACAAGAGAAGAACACCUAUCUGGAAAAAUGGGAAUGGGAGGGAGCUACAGUCUUUAUGAGCAUUCAGAAGACUACAGCAUGGCCGGUUGACACUCAUUAUUAUUUUGUUAGCUAUGGAUUAAUUUCUCUGACAAAUUUUAUGUAAUGAGUAGAAGUCAUGAGGGAGUAGUUCAUUUGGGUUGGGUCUGAUUGUUGAAACUUAAUUACCAUGCAUGCCUGAUGUGCCAAAGUCUCAUCUUCUUCUGGUUUGAUACUGUUUCCAAAAGUAUUGGUUAUGUAAUUUGCAGAAUGAAGUAUUUUUCCAGUAUGUAUGGAAUUAUAUUUUUGUAUUA